GUAAAACCUUUCAGGAGAAGUUCGGUUUAGCUUUGGGUUGUUGCUUCAACUCAAUUACGGUUUAAUUUAAGCUUGUUUGUAAAGGUAACAUUGAAAAGAAGAUGACCGAAGCAAAUGUCAAGAUUAACAACAAAGGCAGCUCAGAACCACCACAGCUUCCCUCCCUCAGGACAAGAAAAAGGUCAUGUGACGAGCUUUCCCCAAGUAAUGUUGACCAUACUUUUCAACAACAGUCCCCUUGGCAGGUGUCUGUUAGCAUUUCAUUACAAGAUCAGACUGUAGCACAGUCCUCUCUGAUUAAACUGGACAAAAAGGGUGAGGGAUCCACUGUCAAUAAGACUGUUAAAGAGCAGCAAGAGGCAACAGUCAUCUGUCGCAUCAGUGAUCCUUACCUCGAGAGAUCUGUUGAUAGGGAUGUCAGCAAGAGCAAAGGGGAAGAAAAACUUCAACGUGACAGGGCACUCUCUCAAACAUGCACUCAUCAAGACCAAGUCUUUUCGGUGACCUCUGGAGAAGCAUGUCAACCACAUCCAACUGCUUUGGAAGAUCACCAGAGAGCCAACAAUGACCUUCAGUGUGAUUUAGUAAGAAACCCAAAGCUCAACCAAGGUACACCAAGCCAUGAGAGCAAAGAACACAAAACUGAAGCAGUGACAGAAGAGCCAAUCAAAAAGAGAAAAAGGAUGGGGAUGUGUGGUCUUACAGAGAAGGAGCGAAGUCGUUUUUUACAGAUGAGUAAGACUGUCAAUGGACAGACUGGUAGAGAGAAGGUUGAAGAGCAGAUGUCCAAAAAUAAAGCUGAUGUUGAAUCAUCUGUCUUACCACCAUCACUGCUCCCAAGCCCUGUGGCUGUCAGUUCAAGACCGAGCGAGGAAGAGGUACUUCGUUCCAGUAAAGACAAACCACUUGACAGGCCAGGAACAGAAGUCCACAUUCCUGCCACUCCCUCUGACGUGAGCGACACUGUUUCCAAGGCAAGUUGCUUGUAUGGCAAAAGUCAAGACCAUGGAGAGGCCCCAGUUACUGCUCCAGAUCCAACCGUGAACACAAAAUCGGACCCACUUGCAAUGGACGAGGAAGAUCAUUUGGAAAACCCGAAUCCCCAAGAAGUGGACUGUAGCUCGUCAAAUAUAACUUUUAGCAACCAGGAAGUGCAGCGUGUUGCCACAAAAAUUGAUGAGAAAAAGCAUGAUGUAUGUAGCGGUAGUGCGAACUGUGAUGAAGACAAAACAAAUGUAUUGUCUGCUAAUCCCCACCAAGGAGAUGACUUUGGCAAUGUCUGUGAGGUUGGACCCUCUGGCGACACAAAGAACAACAACAUGCCUAGUCUUGAUGAUGAACCUGGUCUGGGUGCUGUCAGCACAGAGUACCCGCAGACCAUGAACACCAAUGACCUCCUUGGAUCUGGUUGCUUCGAUUUUGUCUCAGACUCGCAGCUCAACAACAUUCCAAUUGAGGACCAGGCAGAAAGUGAUAAACUUGUUAAACCCUCAGGCCACGAAGAAGACGCCUCAGGACUGAUGCGUGGGCUCAUCAAGGAACUCUCCUUUCUAAAAACACCUCGACGGCAAAGGAACCUACGCGAGAAUCCUUUACGUGGACUUCAGCUCUGCGGUCAACACCAUCAUCCCCAAACUCCUUCCCUCCAAGCUUCUCCAGCUCAAGGUUUUACCUGACAAAUGCCAGUGGAUUUACAGCUUCCUGACUGUCAGGACAAAGCAGGUGAGGCAGGAGAACACCUUCUCAUCCAUCCGCACUAUGAGCACCUAGGAACCUUUAGGAUGUGUCCUCUCCCUGCUGCUGUUCUUGCUCUACACAAAUGAAUGCACCUCAAAGCACCUGGGUGUCAAACAGCUGAAGUUUGCAGAUGGCACCACAGUCAUUGGCAUCAAAGACAGUGACGAGUCUGCGUAUCGACAGGAAGUGGAGUGGCUGGAGCUUUGGUGUGGCUAACAUAACCUGGAGCUGAACACGCUCAAGAUGGUCGAUAUUAGUGAUGUCGGUUGAAAAUGAAACUGGUCAUUGAGCUGG